AUGACCAGCUCAGUUCCCAAAUUCUGCGCCAAAUGCUUCCAAGGCACCCUCCGCGGUGACCUGGAACCCACCGGCACCGUCGAGAUCAUCCACGGGCUCCCAACCUACGUCGCCCGUCCCGAUCCGCCCGCCGUCGCAACCGGAAUCGUUGUCAUCAUUCCGGACGCUUUCGGCUGGGAACUCCGCAACACUCGCGCCCUCGCCGAUUCGUAUGCGCGGAGGAUCCCUGCCGUUGUUUUGUUGCCUGACCUCAUGGCCGGCCAUGCAUUUCCAAUAAAUCUGCUGCCGCUUUCCGACGAGAUCGCAGCCGAGUCGACUACCUUUGUGCGACGUACCUUCGUGCUCAAACCUAAAUUCUACCUAUCCCUCGCAUAUCACUACAUCCCCUUCCUGACCAGCUUACGACCCCCCGUCACCCUCUCCCGUCUACAAACCUACCUCUCCGCGCUCAAGGCCGAUCCACCAGCGCCAUUCACUUCCUCAAUUCCUCCUAAGAUCGGCGUCGCCGGUUUCUGCUGGGGCGGAAAAUACGCCAUCCUCCUCUGCCACCCUCCCGAUCCGGGCAACGAAAACCCCGUCACCUGCGCCUUCACGGCUCACCCUUCCCUCGUCGACGUGCCACGGGAAAUCAACCCCAUCGCCCUCCCGCUGAGCCUCGCCAACGGAGUCACGGACGAGUGGAUGACGGGGGAGAAGGUGGCCGAGUUCAAGCGGGUGCUGGAUAUCAAGGGGAACUGCGAGACGAGGUUGUAUGAUGGCGCGAAGCAUGGGUUUGCCGUUAGGGGGGAUCCGAAUGACGAGAGGCAGGCGAGGUUUGGGAUGGAGGCUGAGGACCAGGCUGUUGCUUGGUAUAAGAAGCACUUCGAGACCGUCGCUGAAGGAUCGAACUGA